UCGAUCGGCGGUAGAAUGUGAGAGUAUUGAACGAUAUACCAUUUCACCACCAUAGUCAAUUAUAUCGUUGAGAUACAAGCUCUAUAAUGAUAUCGCAACACGAGUUUUUCGUUAUAGUACUUUAAUUUAAAUAGGGGUUAACUUUUCAUUCAUAAAAUUGCAAUUUGGACCAAGUUUCGUUUCAAACACAGUAAACUACGAAUCGGCAUGCAACAGUUGAUGAGGUAUGAAUAAUAACUGGUGUAAUUAGUGCGGGUAAUGAGUGACAAGCAGCAAAGUGGUUUAGUGGGCCCCGGGGUGGGAUGCAUGUGAAGGUAGGUGAUCCCGGUGGCCUGCUGCGGACGGUGAGAGCCAUUUAGGGGGCGCCAUGGGGGCUACGGUAGCCGCGUUUGGAAGUCUGACAUUCUUCUUACUUGGUAUGGUGGUAUGUGGAAUCCACGAUAAUCAGGAGAAUAAACUACAGUUUGAAGCGGCCUUUCAAGGUCAGUGUGGACGUGGAAGUCCCUGUCAACAGCUUUGCUAUGAGUUACACGAUGGCAUGUACGAAUGUGACUGCAAAGAGGGAUUUGACUUGCAAGAAGAUGGAUACAGUUGUUACGAGUCUAAUUCAACUCUAUCUCCGGACCAAAUAGGUACAGAUGAAAACGAGAUCGACGUCCUUUACCAAAAAGAUGCCAUUUUCGACGCACACUUAACCUCGAUUAAUGGAAGUAGCGAAAUUAUACUUUUACAAAACGCAAACGAAAGUACCACACAGGGUCCAAGAUUAGAACAGAAAUUAACUGACACCUCCACAUUACCGAAAUCGACAUUACCUUUAGCAACAGAAAGACCCUGUCCGUUAGACUGUGGUUCGGGAGGAGGAUGCGUCAUAGGAAGUUCGGACAAUUUGCCGAUUUGUCUAUGUCCAUUAGGAAAAGGCGGAUCGCGCUGUGAAAAAGAUGUGGAGAUUCGUUCCCCCCGAUUUACUGGCACGAGCUGGUUGGCAUUUCCUGCACUCAGAGGUGCCUACAAACACGUGCAGCUUACACUUGAAUUACGACCCGAAGCUUACGAUGGAAUUUUCUUUCUUACCGGCGAAAGGGACGAUAUGGCCGGAGAUUUCAUGGCUCUUCUACUUCAUCAGGGGUUUGUGGAAUUUAGAUUCGAUUGUGGUUCGGGAAUUGGGGUUGUUCGCUCUAAGGAGACCGUGCUACUAAAUCAAUGGAAUCGUAUAACUUUAUACAGGCACAGAUGGGAUGCGUGGUUGCAAUUAAACGCCGGGAAGCACGUUCAAGGGCGCUCGAAGGGUCUUUUCUCCAGAAUUACCUUUAGAGAGCCCCUCUUUAUAGGUGGAGCCGGUAAUACUACCGGACUUUCUGAAAAACUACCCGUAUCGUCAGGAUUAAAGGGGUGUUUGCGAAAUUUAGAAGUAAAUGAUCACACGUAUAAAUUUGCGCUUGAGCCUAUCGGUGAAGCCGCCAAAGGAUACGGUAUCGAGGAAUGUACUGCUGAUCGAUGUAGUCAUGUUCCCUGCCAGCACGGCGGAAAAUGUUUAACAAGCGACUCGUCUGCCGUUUGCCUUUGUCCGUUAGGCUUUUCAGGCGACUUGUGCGAAAUACGUGUAGAUCUACAAGUACCCUCCUUCAAUGGCUCAAGCCACUUGAGAUAUAGAGGACUUGGAGAAGAGGCCUUAACAUGGUUAGACCUAGAUAUUACCUUAAAACCGACAGCUGCAGACGGGCUUAUUUUAUACAACGGACAUCGAGCAGACGGAUUUGGAGAUUUUAUAGCUCUUUAUUUAAAUGAAGGAUUUGUAGAAUUUAUUUUCGAUUUAGGUACAGGGUCGGCGAUAGCAAGGAGUCCGAAAAGGUUAGAUAUUGGAGGUUGGCAUCAGAUAAAAGUGUCGAGAACUAGCCGUUUAGCUAUACUAGAAGUAGACAAUCAAUUACCUAUCGAAGUUCUUUCACCUGGAGCUUUCACGCAAUUAUCGCUACCUCAAAAUUUAUUCCUAGGCGGAGCUCCAAAUUUCGGAAUUGUUUCGCCACAUGUACGCGUACGUUCCGCUUUCAUUGGAUGCAUACAAAAAGUGUCGAUAAAUGGACGAACCGUUCCUAUUCUUGCAGAAGCUUUAGGUGGUGCAAACGUAGAUAAUUGUCCGCAUCCGUGCGUCGCAAGACCGUGUGGUGAGGAUGGAGAAUGUAUACCCCAAUUAGACUAUUUCACGUGCCGCUGUAAGCCGGGAUACAGGGACCAAGUUUGCAAUCGCGGCCCACCUUCUUUCAAAGGCCACGACAGCUAUUUACACUUCAGCGAACCGCAAACAAUAUCCACCUUUUCAACUACCCGUCUGGACAUCAAUAUGAGAUUCAAAGUGAGCUCAAUGAACGGACUUUUGCUAUGGCUCGACACUGGAUACACAGAGUUUCUAGCUUUGGGAUUGGAACACGGUAAUCUCGUGCUGAGAUUUUCAGAUCGCACUGAAGAGGUAGUGGUAGUUCACAAUUCGACAGUGAUCCACGACAACCUAUGGCAUCGCAUCAGAGCGGUGAAGGACGGCGGUAUCGGUUUAUUAGUGGUCGACAACGGUCCGGCACUAACAACACAACUCGUGGAAUUGCCACGGAUUAGAACGGCGAAACCUGGAUUAUACAUCGGGGGCAUGCCGCAAGUGUUAGCCGGUACGGGGGGUAGAUACAUUUCAGGAAUUCAGGGUUGCGUGGCAGACCUUGUUCUAAACACUGAUUACCAUUUGCAACUUGUCAGUUCUUCAACACUCGGUCACAACAUAGGGGAAUGUGAAGUUUGAUCGUGACAUAAUUAAUUGACGUUGUAUGUUAUCAUAAGUGUGAUUUCUAAACGCGUACAGAUAAGGCUGAUUACUUCGAUCUAUUGACAAAGAUACUAAUUAUCGAGAAGAACUUUGCAGUGGCAAUUUUUAAUGGUGGCAUCAUUUAAGCAGAGAAAAUUAAUUUAGGACCGUAAUGUAGAUGGACAACCUACUAUCAACAUUUGGAGCUUUUUGUAUUCUCUGACUUAAUUGUACAUUUGGGAGCUGGGAUUACGCGGCGCAUAGCACUUUCAGCACAAUAAGUACCUUAUUGCCUAUUCAUAUCAUGAUAUAAUGCUAGUCAAUAUUUAUAUACAUGCAAUCACUAUGUUUGUGCGCAAUCCUGUCUCCUUCCGGUUGAUAUUGCAAUAAUGUAGGUACUAAUCUGUCCAGUGGAAAAUUCACAUUGUUUUAUAUUAACUAUAUUGUGGUAUUUAUUUGUACAGGUAGUCUAAUUUGUGUGUUAAAUAACAAAUCGCUUUUGAAUUAAA